UGAAGAAAGCGCACGAUCAAAUUCAGACACCAAUUAGUUCUAACUAAAUGCACUGAGUUCAAUCCAAACACCGCGUACUCUCUAUCUCUCUUGCUUUGACUCUUCCAUUAUCAACAUUAUCCAUUGAAAUAAAAGUGCACACGUGAAAAUUGUAAUAAGACGGUAGGUGCAUAUCGAGUGCAAUUAAAUGCGUUAACCUCAAGUACGGCUCAAAAACGUAUGCAUAUGAAUGAAGCAAUUAGCAGCAACGAAAACAACAGCUGACACACUAGACAGCGAACCAGAAGAAUUCAGUUCAGGACCGACGAUUGGAUUGUGGUUUCGUCACUGACCGGAUUGACAGAAUAGCCAAAACUGGAUGCAAAAUUUCCGAACCAUCCGAUCAACAGUGUGGUGAAUAACUAACAAAAAUGUGCUCCACUGCAAUCGUGGGGUUGAUAGUAACACUACUGUAUUUUGCGAGAGCCGACCCACCAAAUUGUGUAGUGAAAUUUGAGAACGGUGUUGGUGUAGGUCUUUUGAACAAAACUUUCACGGAACGAUUGUACUGUGCGUACCUUGGAAUACCUUACGUUCAACCACCAAUCGGAGAACUGAGAUUUGAGGACCCAGUCCGAUUGUAUUUUGGUGGUUCUUCAGAGUUUCAACACGUGCAAAACUCCUGUACACAAACCUUCAACCUGAAAAGCACCGAAGACUGUCUGUACUUGAAUGUAUACACUACUUACGUCCGUGGAACUGUGAGAUCUCGCGCUCUAAUGCCAGUGCUUGUAUGGAUCCAUGGAGGAAGCUUCAUCGAAGGGUCUUCCGAAACUGACAUCUUUGGGCCGGAACCAAUACUAGACAAGCAUAUCAUCCUAGUUACGUUUAAUUAUCGUCUUGCGUCGCUUGGAUUCCUCGGAAUCGUGGAUUUGGAUAUCCAUUCCAAUUUAGGAUUAAGGGACCAAACUGAGGCCUUACGAUGGAUCAACAGAAACAUCAAAAACUUCGGUGGAGAUCCAAACCGAGUAACGCUGCUCGGAUGGAGCGCGGGUGCUGCAUCCGUCACGUAUCAUAUGUACACGGAAGCUUCAAAAGGAUUGUUCCAAAGUGCGAUAGCGAUGAGUGGGACUAUGACACAACCGUGGGCUUAUAAUUUUGAUCCUCAACGGUGUAGUAAUGAGUAUCUCAAACAAAUAGACGCCACCACCAAAGAGGAACUGAAAGCUCGUCCAGCCAAAUCAAUGCUACCAGUUGACAGAUUAUUACAACAUUGGUGCUAUAUGCCCAGUGAAGAUCCAAUCUAUGCGCCACAAAAUCCAUAUGACAUGGUUCAAAAGAUGUCACCCGUUAGCAAUGUGCCGCUCCUCGUCGGAAACACGAAGCUAGAACAUCAAACAUUUUUCAGUGAUGACAGUUUCUUUGAAAUUGAAUCGAACUGUCCUAAUAAGAAUGCCACUAUUAGAGAACAGAUUUUAGAUUUCCUCGCACAGGCUCGCGGUCAUCGAUCAUUUCAUACACCUACGUUGUUGGCUACUGGGGAAAUCUUGUUUGGUAUCAACUAUUUUAUUAAAAAUGUAGCUUUGCACUAUAACUCACCUAUCUAUCGUUAUCGGUUUUCGUUUGACGGUCCAUUUGGUUAUCCAAAGAAUGUAGCAUAUAGAAAUAGAAUACUUAGCAAAAUACCUGGAGCCAUGCAUGGGGAUGAUCUUGGAUACAUUUUCACACCGUACAAUUACCGAAACAUCCUUUCACUGAAUCGAUCGUCCAGUGAAUUCCGGGGGUACGAAAAAGCAUUCAAAGUGCAUCGACAUAUGGUGCGCCUGUGGACGAAUUUCAUCAAAUACGGCAAUCCAACACCAAACAAUACGAGAAUCAAUCAGACAAUAUGGCAUCCCUAUAACGACCAAAAUCCGCAGAAGGCCGGGCAAUACCUUAACAUCGAACAUCGUAUUCGGAUGACGCAGAAUCGAGCUAAUGAAAAUUAUUACGAGCAACAGUGGAGCUUAAUAUUUGGCUGCCUGUAUCGCUACGAGUGCAGUUUUUUGGAAGUUAAAUGAAACAGCCACAAUUAGUUGUUUGUACAAAGUACUUACGGUAAUACUGUUCAACAAAAAACAAGUCUCGACAAACAUAUGAUUACGGCGUAAAAGCCAACUGUCAAAAUUCACUUUGCAUUAAAAUUCCGGAAAAACAGUCACUCGCCAAUCACAAAUGUUGGUAGUAAACCAAAGAGAAAAGUUUUCUGUUCCAUUUAGUGCUGUGAACUGUGUUCGGCUAGUAAGGGUUUGCCCGGAAUUUCUCUUGAAAGAGAAUUUCGACAGCUGGCUUUUACGCCGUAAUCAUAUGUUUGUCGAGAAGUUGGGGGCCGUGCACUAAUUACGUAAGGCUUUUUUAGAGCUUUUCAACCUCCCCCUCCCCCCAGAUAAGAGUUCGUAAGAUUUUGGUGAACUCCCCCUCCCCCUACAUAAGAUCUUAUCAUGAUUAUCGUAAUUAAAAAAUCAAAUUGUUAAUUCAUCAAAUAAUAAGAUAGCGAAAACGAUAUGUAUAGAAUUAUUACAAGAAAACUCAUGACAAAAUUUAACUGUAAUCAUGUGCAGAAUUUCAAUUGCAUGCCAAUCUCGCCCAGUAGAAAAAAUAACUGUUGUCAGAUAUUCAGUAACUCCAAUUUGGUCCACAUGAUCUGCUUUGCUAUAUUCCUUUUUUGUUGGAGACGAACCACUGCGACCAGUAUUUAGAUCUAUGUGCUAUACUCCACUUCCUUUGAAUCUAUUUUCUUGUGAUGUAGAAUUUAAAAGAGUUUAUAACCUCUUCUGGCAUGAAUUUAUUCUGAGUUCCAGCUGUGACGCUUAUCGUACGCAUAGCUCCGAGUUAACCAUUUUCGAAGUUUCUUGAAAUAAAAUACAGUUCACACUCUGGAAAUAUUCGACAUUCAAGAUCUUUGACAAUCGCAUGUUAGAACAUUUUCCAGAUACCUUGCGGGUUUGAAUCGAACGUUUGAAAAGGACAAAGUCGUUUUAACAACACGAAGGGUAUCAACACUUCUUAACUUGUAAGGCAUAUUGUGACUCCAGUUCCCGAACAAAACAAUGUACAACCAAGAGCCAAAAAAUCACUCAUAUUGUUUGAUAUACAAGGAUUAUUUGGUACAAAUGAAAAUAGUUCCUUUUUCUUAUUAAAAAGAAUAUUUUCCUUAUGGAUUUAAUUUUUUAAACUUGUUUUAUGAUAUUAUGUAAGAAAAACCCUCCCUCCCCCUCAGAUAAGAAUUUGUAAGAUAUUUUGAAACUCCCUCUCCCCCCAUAUGCCCUUACGUAAUUAGUGUAUGGCCCCUUGAGUGUCGAGUCGGCCGCAUAUUGUUUUACGGAAAAGAGAAAGAAAAAUAACGUUUACUGUUUGUCUCUAGUACGUCAGGAUCGGUUUUCAGGAGCAUUAGUUGUUUUGUAUUAUCAGUUCCAUAUUAACUUUUCAGUAGGGCUUAUAAGGUUUAUGAAUAAACUUUUAUUUUGCUGCAUGA